UAGCAGAGUUCAUAGUAAAGUCAAUCAAUCGCGCGUCGACGGUGCACUAAUCACAUCCGGGACGUCCGGGUGGAUCCCGGGAGGAUGAAUACGAAGGGAUUCUCUAUCUCACUCGGUGAACUGCUGGAAACUUCGAGGUUUCGAGGUCGAAAAUCGAAAGGUCUGGAUAUUCUCGUCUUCCGUCGUCGUAUAUAUAACCUUGUCACGCGCGGUAAGAAAGUCAAAUUUCUUACAAAAAAUAUCCGAAAUGCUGAAAUUUCAACAACGUGCCACUCCGGAGGAUCUCAAGAUCGCCGCAUCCAUAGAACGUAAACGUCAACUCGAAGAAGCGAGAAAACUGCGUAUCUUUAACCCUCGCGUUAGGAAAAUUGGAAUAGACAAGAUAUUCUUGGAUAAGCAAGUCGAGGAAAAGCAGCGGCGGCAUAAGUGGGAACAGGCGAAAGAAUGUCAAUUGGAUGAAGCGCUUAUUCGCAACAGCGAGCUCGCCGUGCAUUUGGAGAGGCAGCAAGAGGAGGAAAGACGAAGAAUAAACAAGGAGAUUGAGUGCUUUCGCCGGGUGCAUCAACGAGUCGAGGACCGUCGAGAUUACGACCUAUAUGAUCCCGAAACGCUAAAGAAAUCGCUUCCAGUCGAUGACGAUGAUCCGACCUUGGGACCAGCGUCUGCUCAGAAGUUCGAGGGCGAGGAUCGCAAUCUUCACGAGCGAUUGAAAGAACAGAGAGAGCAGAUGCGUUGGUGGAUCCAGAAGCAAAAAGAGGAACGCGAGGCGAUUGAAAAGGUACGACGAGAUACCGAGGAAGCCUAUCAGGAAGUCAUCCUCUCCAGGGACAAGCGCGGGAUGAUGUUGGCACGGAUGGAGGAGGAAUGUCGACGAAGGUUGAACGAAGCAACGGCGACAUUUAAUCGCGCUCUGGCCGAGGAGCAGCAGCACCGCCGUCACUGCGAAGCCAUUCAAGAUGAGGAGGACAAGAAAGCGGAAAUCUAUAAUCACGUGACUGGAGAUUUCCUCACCGAAGCUAGAGAACAGGCCGAGAGCGUUCGCGGUCCGUACAGGCCGUUGGCGGACCGAUACAAGGGCAUGACUGCGGAUGAGUUGAAGGUCUUCAGGGACGCUCAGCUGGAACAAAUGGAAGAUAUUCGAGUUAAUAAAGACUGGCUAAAAUCAAAUCAUCUUCAAGCUGCACGUUCGUAUGAGGGCGAAUUAAAUAAAAAAAAAUCGGAGUUUAACAAGAAAAUCGCAGAGGAAAAUUUGCAGCUUGCCGAGCAACAGAAAUUACAUCAGGAUUAUCUGAACCGUGUCAUUUAUAAGACCCAGCCAACCGCCGCCUUCUACGAGCAAUUUAACAAAGGGACACGUUGAAAGCGAAAUCAUAUGUGCUAUAUAUUUUUCCAAGAUUGAUGUAAAUUUUAAAAAAUAAUUUCACACAAACUUUUUUUUUAUAAAAAAGUGAUAAAUUAAUGUAUAUCAACAAUUCUAUUGUAUUGGCAAAAUCAAGGCAUCAACUUUCAAUUAAUCAGAUUUAUUCAAA